AUGUGGGGACAGCAGGUCCAACUGCAGGUCCAACAGGGCCGGGAUGCUGCAAGAGAGGACUGGCACAGAGUCAUGGACGCCGCUCUCAGCCUCCUGGUCCAGCCGCACAGAUCAGGUGUUCAGGAGCAGCUGAUUGUUAAAGAAGAAGCUGAUGAAGAGCAGAGUCCUGGUGGAGACCAGCAGGACGCAGAGCGUCUCCACAUCAAGAAGGAGGAAGUCUGGAGCAGUAUGGAGGAUGAAGAGCUCAGUGUGAAGGAGGAGAUGGAUCCUACCAGGUUUCCACUCACUGUAGUUCUUAUGAAGAGUGAGGAUGAUGAAGAUAUACCUCUGUUCUCUCAGCUUCAUCAGACAGAAGUUGGAGAUCUUCCAACCAGCAGCUCAGCUGGCCAGAUGAAAGCAGAAAGGGAUGGAGAGCACAGUGGAGGAGCAGAGUCCAGCAGGAACCCAGACACUUCCAGCUCUUCAGAGACGGAGGUCAGUGGGGAUGAAGAGGAGGAGGAGGAGGAGGAUGUGAACCAUCCUGGUUCUCAUCUGAAACACCCACCAGACUUUGGCUCUGAAACUGAGGACAGCGAGAACGACUGGAAGGAAACUAGAGCUGCAGAGUCAGGAGGAAACGCCGCCAACAAGUCGCUGAGCUGCUCAGAGUGCAGGCAACAGUUCAAUAAGUCCUCGCUUCACAGCAAGACUUCCAAAGCAAGACCUGCAGGCUGUUUGGUUGGCAAGAAAAUUGUUAGAGAGAAGAAAACUGUUGAGUCGUUGAGGAACAUCCAGGCAGGGGUUAAAUGUUUUACCUGUGACGAUUGUGGUAAAAGUUUUAACUGGAAAAACAACAUAAACGUUCACAUGAGAAUCCACUCUGGAGAGAAGCCGUUUGGUUGUGACGUGUGUGGCAGAAAAUUCAGCCAAAAGUCCCAUUUAAACAUUCACACUAGGAUUCACACAGGAGAGAAACCGUUCAGUUGUGAUGUUUGUGAACAAAGAUUUAGUGAUAAGUCCCAUUUAAACAAACACAUAAGGGUCCACACGGGGGACAAACCUUUAGGUUGUGACGUUUGUGGACAACACUUUGGUGACAAGACAAGUUUAAACAGGCACAUGAGAAUCCACACAGGAGACAAACCGUUUGGUUGUGAUUCCUGUGGACAAAGAUUCAGUGAUAAGUCGACCUUAAAGAAACACAUCAGGAUCCACACAGGAGAGAAGCCAUUUGGUUGUUUCGCCUGUGGGAAAAAAUUCAGCCUGAAGGGAAGCUUAAAAACGCACAUGAGAAUCCACACAGGAGAAAAACCUUUUGGUUGUGAUGUCUGUGGUCAGCGGUUUCGCCAGUUGUCUAAUUUAAAUGCACACACCAGGAUCCACACUGGAGAGAAACCAUUUGGUUGUGCUGUUUGUGGAGAAACAUUUACCCAGACAUCCCAUUUUAACCGACAUAUGAGAAUUCACACAGGAGGGGAAUAAUCAAGCAGUAAAAGAGUUCCUACCAACAGAACUGUAAUAUCUUUGAUUUUCUAUGAACCAUGAAUGUUUCACUUUAUAGCAGGGGUCCCCAAAGUGGGUCCUCGAGGGCCGGCAUCCUGCAUGUUUUAGUUCUCUCUCUGAUUUAAUGCACCUGGGUCAAAUGGUGGCUCCUCAGAAGUUUAAGAAGAACAUUGACAUUCUAAAAAGGUUGUGACUACCACCAAGGAGAGACUAAAACAUGCAGGGUGCCGGCAUUCAUGAUUAAUUGUAGCAAUAGAUUUUAUUUGAGAAACAUUGGACCGUUUCUCUUUGCUGUUCUGGCAUGGCCCCACCAUCUUUAUUUCUGUAUCAACUGACUCUGCUUAAGGAUGACCAUUAUAUGUGGAGAUGAUGGUGCAAAGGAUUUUUCAUGAAAUCAAUAAAAUUACA